CGAAUAGGCGGAGGACGGCGUAGCGACGCGUCCAGUGCGCAGUGCGCGGGGACGCGGAGCGGCGGAGCGGCAGAGCGGCAGUCAGCUGGGAGGAUCCAGAUGUGACCGUGGGUCCAGGAGACGCUUCUCACCAGAGAACCCCGGAGCGAAGCAUGGGCAGCGGUGUACGCGGUGGUCUGAACCCCGAACGCCUGCACCUCUCCUCCGGACACCAACUCCUGCUCCUCGGCGGCGGAUCCAGGAGGAACUAGCUUCGGGACCGCGAGCGUGCUAGCGGCACAGGCUAGCGAGGCUAAGCUAAGCUAAGCUAAGCUAAGCUACCUCUUGUUUUAGCCCGCAACGAAAUCUCCACAGCUAGCGACCGAUACGUGCACAGGAAGAAAACAUGGUGUACCUGUUGAAUUCUAUAGAGAACCUACGGAGCCACAUCAACAACCGUCCGCCACUGGUAAUUUUUAUGAUCAGUGUCAGUGCGCUGGCCAUCGCCUUCCUGACCAUCGGUUAUUUCUUCAAGAUUAAAGAGAUAAAGUCCCCGGAGCUGACAGAGGACUGGAACACCUUUCUGCUGCGCUACAAUGAGCUGGACGUCUGUGUUUCGGAGAAUGAAACGAUAAAGCAUGGCCUGAACGAGUCCACCACACCAGAGAGCUUGGUGGUGACCAGCGGCCAAGCUCGAUCCAGCACCCAGACCCCCCUCCUGCUGGACGACUCGGGCGCCAUCAACAUCUCUGUCCCCAUCACGCUCACGCUGGACCCGCAGCGCCCGUUUGGAGGGUACUCACGCAAUAUCACCCACCUGUAUGCCACCGUGCUGGGGCAGCAAGUCGGUCUCUCUGGUCGGGAAGCCCAUGAAGAAAUAAACAUCACCUUCACCCUGCCUGUAUCCUGGAACUCAGACGACUGCGUGCUGCACGGACACUGCGAGCAGGUGGUGUUCAGCACUUGCAUGACCAUCACAGCGGCCAGCAACAUCUUCCCAGUCACAGUGCAGCCGCCACACUGCGUGCCGGAGACGUACACCAACGCCACCUCUUGGUACAAGGUGUUCACCACUGUCCGUGACUCAGACACCAAGUACAGUCAGGACUACAACCCCUUCUGGUGUUAUAAAGGAGCCAUCGGCAAGGUGUACCACGCACUCAACCCAAAGCUCACCGUCAUCGUUCCAGAUGAUGACCGUUCUCUCAUCAACCUGCACCUGAUGCACACGAGCUACUUCCUGUUUGUCAUGGUCAUCACUAUGUUCUGCUAUGCAGUCAUCAAGGGGCGGCCUGGCAAAGUACGACAAACCAACCCUGACUUCUGCCCUGAGAAGGUACAACAGACACCAGCAGUGCUAUAUGACUCGCACAGGUGGCGCUGUCAGACAGUUAAAAUGAUGUGAGAGAGCUUUGUCAGAACUUAACUGUAAAACGGACAAACUCAAAAAGACACGGAGGAAAUAAAAAUAAACAUACCAGUUGCCUAGUGAACCCUGGAAAUACAAUACGGGACUCGAAAAGCUCUGUGAAUGCAUUACUCUUGCAAUGUUGGGUUUCUCCAACCAAAGAUAUACAAGUGCCUGUAUCUGUGGUGUAAAUAUUUGUAGGAACUCUGAUAAUCUGUGCAAGACCUUUUUCUUUUUCACUCUGAUUCUAAUUCUUUGCCUGGGUUCCCUUGUGCCAUGUCAGAACAUGCAGUACAUGAACAAAACAAACGGCCACAUUCAAGAACUUCAUUGCCAUUUUUUUUCCAGCGGCCGUCUGUUUUUUAAUUUUUAGGCAAGUUGUAGAAAAGAGGGUUGGGUUACACGGCUUCCAUCGUUAAAUGUUCUUUUCAUUGACUGUGAAUAAAGAUGGACGAAUAAAGAAAUGAAGCUGAAACAUCCCAGAUAUUAACGCUGCCAUGUUGCACGGGUGAGGUUGUGAGUUUCAGUCGAUAACUAAUUAAAAACAAUUGACUUGGAGGAGACGUGGGUUUUGACCUAUUCUCCAUCCAGAGUCGUCCAUCUUUAUUUACCGUCUCUCUUUGUUUACAGAUGUGUUUGAGGUGAUCCUCCCACGAUAAGUGAGCUCGAUGUGUUUAAGUGACUUGAACGUGUUUGAAAACCUGGGCGGGGAUAUUUGCUUGCGGACGACGAGAUGCUCGAGAAACAUUCAUCGAGAAAAAUCGUCCGUUUGCACUCGGCACCGCAGCUUCGCCACGGGAGGAGAAUGAAUGUAGCAUGUCGCUCUGCGCCGAAACUCCACGGUCUGAUCAGAGAUCCCAAAAGCAGCUUGUCACAAUUUGUGUAUUUGCAGUGUCAGUAAAAUAUUCGGAUCAUUUCUAAUAUCUCAGUCCGAUAAUCUGCAGAACCUGUGGUUUGUGUUGAUCGUUUGUUCACGUCGUCACACUUUAAAUAUAGUUUUCUGCCUUUUGAUAAUUUCCCCCUGCGGCUUCAUCGCUCACCUGCCUCUCGUCUUUCAUCAGCUGCCCGUUGCUCUGCAGCACAUGUACAGUCUAUAAUCUCUGUUGCACCUGGAUGGAGUAAACACAUGAUCUUGCCUUAUACCUACAGUACAAUACGAUUGACCUGCUUGCUUAAGAAAAAAAUGGCAAAGAGACGGCUCCUUCUCUCCAACGUGAACGUGCCAGACUCUUCUUCCUCAGCCGUCGUUCUCCUUCUGUUCUAUUCCACUUUGAUGAGCCUGUCGUUCGGAAAUCUAAAGUUGUGACCUUUUUUUUUUUUUUUUUUUUUUAUGUAAAUGUCAAGUUGCCCUGGAGUUAUUAUAUUAUCAGAAGCUUUUUUUUAAUUACUUGUGCUUUGAUUUUAAGUGAUUCAAUAUCAGCUGCACGUUUUCAAGUGUUUGCAUCGUUUCUGCACCUUUUAGAUUUCUUGCACAUUUUGUGUUAUUUUAAAAAAUAAAAUCACACGUGAGCUGAUGUGAAACUACGAAGUUGGACUCCAACUAAAAGUAAAUAGAAACUAGAAUAGUACUAGUUAGAGCGCACACCUCUUUUAACUUCGGGGACAAACUUAAUGGAUUAUUUAUUGGCCCUUUUCUUUCCACCAUAAAAACACAACACCUCCCUGGAGUAUUAAUGAUUCAAUAACUUAAAUUAUUUUUGUAGACACGAAUUAACAGAGACAACAAAAUGUGCAAAAACUCACUUGGUGUGUGAAUGUGAGCGUCGAGUGAGUGUUUGAUGAAUGAAGGCGGCUUUAGGUCGAGAUUCUGUUGAAGUCCGUUGCAGUAUCUGGUGUUGUCAUGACUCAGCUGAGGUCAAACUGCAGCGUUAAGGUUUCCAGUGGUCGUUUAAUCCUUAUUUUGACUUUGACAAUCAUUUAAUUACUCACAUUAAAAAAAAUUCAAUUAGCGGAAAACAAAACUGCACCUGAACCACAUUUCAUUAAGGUUAUUGAAAAUGUUCAAAUCCAGUCGACAUCCAUCGUCCACAAAUCUGUGUUCUCCCAGAGAGAAGUUUAAAAUCCAACAACAAUCUAAAUCCGCCUUUGAUGAGUUUAUGACUUUCUUUCUUUCUUUGUAGUUUUUAACUUACCUCGUUAUAAUUCUGUUCCACAUUUGAAAAACCUGUUGAAUGUACUUUUUUUUCGUAGAAUCUGAGAUGCAAGAAUUCCAAGUGAUUUUGAAACAUGUCGUGGUUUAUGGCUGUUUUCAUUUUGUUUCCGUUUGAAGAGUUUACUUGAAUUGAAAAGUGGUUUUCAUGAAAGGUUUUUAUCUGUUAAAGAAAAUGAAACGCAUUGUGUCAAACACUUCUACUGUUUGAUUCUCGUGUGUUCGUGUUUGUGCGUCGGUGGACGAGUGAGAGGUGUCAGCUUUUGGUCCUGAGGGUUGUGAUGCAUUUUCUUUCCCCCCCCCUCACUGAAGGAUGCUGGGACGAGUCUUCCUGAGUCUGAUUUCGAGCAUUCGUCUGUUGCUUUCGUCGUCGCUGCGUCCCGUGUGACUCACGGUCGGACUGCGGCAGCUCUUACUGGACGGGACGGUCGCUGGCAGGUUGUAUGUGAACGAAGGAAACUUGGAGAUCAGAAAGAUGCUUGUCGUUUUAUUGCCGUCGUAAUUAAAGCGACACUGUGUGACUUUGCAGCUGAGCGACAGCGCCCUCUGCAGCCUCACAUGGGGAUUAACUACGUCGGGCUCAUUUCGAAGCUUCUGUCUCAAGGUGAAAAAGUUGCAGAGUUGCUUCUACGUCGAUGAUCUGCAUUGUUUUGCGUCUUCGUGUGAUUUUUCUGUCUUUGGUUCGGGCUGCGUCUUCUAUAAAAAUGCCUUAACAUCGGUCACAUGCAUUUGAUUUUUCAUUAUUUUUCUAUUUAGUAAAACGCGGCGGCUUUUCAGACUCAAACCUAAACCUCGUGUUAUCACGUCCGAGCUAAAGAAACUCACGUGACUGUGCUCAGUGUUUUGAAUCGACCUGGAGUGAAAACGGUGGAGAUGUUUGUCUUCGGCGUUCAGAAACGGAGCAGAACCAAGCGGAGGCUCGAUCACGGCCGUCUCAUCUUCCUCUGUCAUGUCAGCAGCGCUUAGGCGAGUAUUAAGCCAACUCUGUGCCUUCUGCACUACGGAGCUGCAUCCUCCUCCCUGUUCAUUCGGUAGAUAGGACCAUAGGUUUAACGCGGCUGUAGGUCAUCACCUGAACCCUUCUCUUCUCCAGUGGAACUGCUGUAAAUGAAUUCAAGUUGAAAUAAACUGUCUCUCAAUGAUAAACCUGCA